CCACGUCCAGUAAUCUGACACCCAAAAAGCGGAGCCGGCCUGCAAGGAUGCACCCUUGUGGCAUUGCACGGCUGCAAAGAGCCGACAGUCAGCCGGAGUGCUCAGAGCGAGACAAGCCGAGCAGGAGCCGCCGUGCACGGACUAGAGUGCUACAGAGGAGCCGCUGAUCAUCCCCAAAGACCUUCCAAUGGUCCUACUGCGCACACACGAAUGGGUGACUUUGCACGGCGCCUUGUGAGGAGCAGAUGAUGAAGAAUUACAGCGGCAGUCCGCCUCACAGCAACAACAACCAGAACCCUCAUCUCCUUCACUUCAGGAACCACAAGAAGUUUCUCGCCUCCUUGCCCUGGCGCUUCCCCCUCAGAGCUUAUGCUUUCUGCAUGGCGACACUCUUCUUCUUCUGCUUGGCCUCCCUUUUCUACCAACUCAACGGAGGACCCCCCAAAAUCCUGCUGGACAUCAGACAGUAUCUCGGUGAAUCUACAUACAUGGACGACCACGGACCUCCUGCUCCGAGAGUGCUCACGUUCCCCAGCCAGGUGGUUUACAACCGUGUGGGGAAGUGUGGCAGCCGCACGGUGGUCAUCCUGCUGCGGCUGCUGGCUGAGAAGCAUCAGUUCAACUUGAUCUCGUCGGACAUCCACAACAAAACACGGCUCACCAAACAUGAGCAGGUGGAUCUCAUGAAGAACAUCAGUAACAUCCCACAGCCUUUCCUCUACACGCGCCAUGUUCACUUCCUCAACUUUACCAGGUUUAGGAUCGAGCAGCCCGUCUAUAUCAACAUAAUCCGUGACCCCAUCAACCGCUUUCUGUCCAACUACUUCUUCCGUCGCUUCGGGGACUGGAGGGGUGAGCAGAACCACCUCAUCCGAACCCCCGGGAUGAAAGAUGAUGAGAGAUACCUGGACAUAAACGUGUGCAUUCUAGAGAACUACCCAGAGUGCUCCAACCCUCGAGUCUUCUACAUUAUCCCCUACUUUUGCGGACAGCAUCCUCAGUGCAGAGAGCCCGGCCCGUGGGCUCUGGAACGGGCCAAGCAGAAUGUGCUGGAGAACUACCUGCUGGUUGGCAUCUUGGAGGAGCUGGAAGAUGUGCUGCUACUCUUGGAGAGACUUUUACCGCACUAUUUUACUGGAGUGCUCGACAUCUACAAGAGUCCUGACUACAAGAAGAUGGGCAACAUGACGGGCACGGUACGCAAACACACCCCCACCCUGGAGGCGCUGCAGGUGCUCUACCAACGCAUGCGCUACGAGUACGAGUUCUACAACUUCAUCCGGGACCAGUUCCACCUCAUGAAGAAGAAAAUCGGACUCAAAUCCGCAGCCCGGCCGCCGGCGUACUCUCCGGAUUUCCUGCGGGAGCUGGCCCUGCGGACACCCCAGCCUCUGGAUGAAGACGAGGAGCUGGACACAGACACAGAGGACGCAAACAGCUGGCUUGUCCAUCAGUAGCAAAAACUGUCUGAGGAGCGGACGUUGCCCUUCUUGCCCUCCAUGCGGCGCCCUGAGGAAGCAACGGCGCCUCGCAAAAAGUGAGUUGGAUUUGAAGUUGCGACGACCCGAAUACGCGUCGCCGGACGCGCCGCUCUCGAGGUCGGCCGGCUGCAAGGACGAGGUGUUCUAUUUAAACGUUGACUGGGGAUCACGGAAAAUCAUGUUUGAUAUGAAGUGCGGCUUUCGUUUCUGCUCGUUGGAAGCUGUUCUUUGCUGUGUUCUCCAGGAGAGAUGAAGCACAGCCACGUUUGCUGUCGGGGAAGCGCACAAAUGAUGGGAAAGUACAUUUUUUUUAAAAAGAAAAAGCCAAACCAUGACUAGAAGAGUGCCAAAACAUGUUUAUGUGUAUCAUCCAGUGCCAUGUGUUUAGUAACUACAUGACAGGAAGCUGUCUUCAUCCACGUUUCCACCAACUCUUCCAUUCCAGUGGACCCAAAAGCUGGAACUACCGUGAGGUGUCCUCAUUUGCUCCCCUUCCCAUUCCACUACUGUGUUCUUUCUCAGACAAAUCCACCACAUGAUGGCGCUGUCAUUCAACCCCAAUGGAAAACAAACUCACUGUAGCUUUGCGGCAGGGGUGUCCAAAUUGUUCAAAUUGUGGCCCGCGGAUGUUUUUUUUAUUGGCCCGCAGCACGUUCAAAAAAUAUAAUUGAACAAGAAAACCAAAAAAAAAAGUCCAAAUAAAAAAGCAAAAAUGGGGAAAAAAAAGCAGUAAUUUACAUUACCUUAAGAGAAUAAAGUCACAAUAUUAAAAACAGGAAAAAAAGAUGUCAUCUAGCAGAAAAAUGUUAUCAUUUCACGAGAACAAAGUAAGAUUAUGAGGAAAAUUUUAAUUAGUAGCGUAAGGUUGAAAUAUUGAAGAAAAAAUACUUUUAAAAAUAUUUUUUUAAUAUUAUGAGAAACAAACAAAACAAAGAAUGAAAUGAAAAUUAGCUUGGGGAAAAAAAGUCUAAUAUUAUUAUCGAAAUAUGAUGGGAAUAAAAAGUCAUCACGUGAGAAGAAAACAUAUAUAUAUAUAUAUAUAUAUAUUUAUAUAAAUAUAUAUUUUGGGGAAAAUUGGUUUGGGGGAAAAAGUUAUAAAUAAUAUUUCGGGAAUAAAUUCAGAAUAUUAUGCAAAGAAAAUAAAUCAGGAAGAAAGUUGAAAUAUUAGUAAAAUUAUUUUAUAAUUUUAUAAUUAUUUUAUAAUUUUACCAGAAUAAAUAAAAUAUUAAGAAAUAAAACAUUGAGGAAAAAAUUCACAAUUUUACGAGAACAAACUUCUAUUAUUAGGAGAAAAAAUAAUGUCAUUUCAAUAAAGUUGUAAUUUUUGGAAAAUUCUAAUAUUGCCGGAAAAUCGAAAAGUGAAACAAAAACAGCAUCAGAAAUGGAAAGACUGGCACACACCUUUACACACCUUUUAAGCACGUAUGCUUAAAAUGUGAGCAAGAUUGGUUAAAAAACAUGGCCGCCAUCACCCGAAACGUCUUUGCCUGACGGGCACGGGCGAGACUUGGCAACUAAAUGUCCAUAAGUCAUUGAGCAUUUGUCUGAUUAUUCUAACACUUUGAGCAUAUCUGUAGUAGACGUAUGCUACAGGAACCCUCAAGCAUUUUGAGCACGACGCACAGGGGGCGCCACAGUCACGGGGAAAAAUGAUGACACCGUACUGCUUGUUUUAUCGGCAUUUACGCAGCCAGCGCCACCAGGGCAGGGUUUAUUUACCAACCUGAAGUACGCCGCUUGGUGGAAACGUGGCUUGAGUGACAUGAAUUUUGUUGUAAAAAGGUCCAAAUGAGGGUUAAACCCGGUGCACUCCGUUAUGAAUUCCAAGAAUUCCAGCCGAGUGUGCACGUACGCCUGAGUUUCACACCCGAGUGUUUUAGCAGAGAUUCAGAGUUUGGCCAUUUCUUUUGGUGGCUUCACCUCGGCCGGAUGCUAAAAAAAAAAAAAGAACAUAUUGAUCUUGCUGCAAAAUGAGACGACUAUUGUUAUUCCCGGUAAGGCAUCAAUCACGUAGGAGCUGAGGUCAAAGGUUAAUUCAGUUGUAUGCAUGAUGCUUAGUAUUUCCUCAAAUAGUGGCACUCAACUGCAAAGAAUGCCCAGCCUGUCUUAUGGAGGAGUUUAUUUGUACAAAUUCAUCUUGUUCCCUCAGUAGUCUGAAUAGCUAGUAUCUAAAAGUACCUGGUAUCUACUAGUACCUGCUAUCUGCUAUGUGCUAAUUCACCGAUGUCAUGGGAAGAAUAGCAAACCAUGAAUUAGGAACAAACAAACAAACAAACAAAACAUUCACAUAUUUAAGCAAAUGCUAUGCAUUUUUUACCUAAAUUCAUCAUUUUCAGGCAUAAAAAUGACCAAAUGAACGAAAAUACAAAUAUAAGGCAUAUACUGUAAAUAGAUGAAAUGUAGUAUUGUACACUGGUCACUAGGUGUCAGUAAUGUUACCGUAAUGUUCGGUGAGACUCACAUGGAUCAGACUGGAUCGCCGGAACAACAGGCUUUUAUUGCAAGUUUGAAUGGUCUCGCCGCUGGCACAAUAAUCCCUAAUAGUCCCCAAUAAAUAAUAAUAAAAAUUAAAAACACAGGCUACUUUUGCGCCCGUUACCCACGCAACGCUGAAAAUGAACUCUGAACCCCCGACGUCACUCAGGAAGAAAUGUAUACUAGCACACGCAAGCACGAGUAUUAUUUAUGUCUUCAAUGGCUUAUUUCCUCUUACUAUGUCUACUAUGUUGGUAAUAUGAGUGCAAAGCUGACUAUAGGGGUGUUACUUCAUGUCGCAAGGGCUCUAAUAAUGUUAACCCUUUCGGUUUUGACAUUACUAUUUCAAAAGGUUGCAGCUUGAAACCGCUUAGAGAGAAAGACUUACUGUGAAUUAGAAAAAUCAACAGUUUGUGAUGGGAGUAAAAGUACUCAUCUAAUUUGCAUAUUAUGCCGUCACUAGGCUCAGAAUUUGUCUCCACCAUACCCAGCAGGUCAUCAAAAUGUCUGAUCCGAGGUCGUAAAAAGGUUUUCUAAGCUCUGACUACCAAUAAAUAAGGAAUCCCACGUGGCGGAAAUUCACUUAUCACGGUCAGGUCUGGAACCAAUUAACCGCCAUAAAUGAGGGCUGAGUGUAUUUGAGGAAAUAUUCUAUUUAUUUAUUUAUUCACAGUGAUAGUCAAAAGUCUGGAGACACUUCCUCGUGCUAUUGAAGGAGACUGCGUCUCCAAACGUUUGACCGGCCUAACACGGGGGUGUCCAAGGUGCGGCCCUGGGGGCCAUUUGCGGUCCGGAGCUUGUUUUUUUAUUGGCCCGCGGCACAUUGGAGAAAAAAUAAAUACAUAAAAAAUACGGUAAAAAUGGCAAAAUUUGAGCAAAAAGGCAAAAUGUAAAGAGAAGAAGCUAAAAUUUGGAUACUAAUUCAUAAUUUUAACAAAAAGUAUCCUUUGAUUUUCAGUAUGCGGCCCUGAGGGGAAAGUUUGGACAUCGCUGGCCUAAAACAUAUGGAUGAGUUUUAUUAAAUUAUUAAAAAUGUAAUUUAAAAAUCCUGGAUAAAAAUCAAGUAUAUUUUCUUUCAAAAAUGACCAAGAGAUUUGAACACAGUAUCCCAUAAUGCUGUGUAUGAAAGCUGCCUUGCUGCCAUCUUGUGGCCGCCUCGUGUUUCUGCAUCGGCAGCCUCAACUGAAGCGGCAGGACACACCCAGCGCGUGGUUGAUGCAGAGGCCAUUAUUUGAGGAACUACGCUAUUUAUUUAUCGCGUCACAAAAAGUUUUUCCCAAAUAUCGCAGGUGAAGUUGCUAAGGUCAAAGGUCAAGGUACGUGUCGGUGUCAGCACUCUGCCAGGCGCAGUUUUUCCGAUGAUAUUCUUGAAGCAAUUUAUGCUAACACAUUGCUGUUUAUAUCUGUCAGCUAGCAUACUGGGUCAAAGGUCGAAUAUAAGCGCCAGGCGCCAUUUGUAGCUAAGGUCAAAGGUCAAGUCAGAUCGCUCGGUACAUGUUGUCUGUCGGUGCAAACGCUGCUGACUGGUGACGGCUGUGCUGCAGUUUCUUAGCGUGUCUUUACUUUGUGUGUACUUUAAAACUCUCCUGCAGCAGCUGAAGUGUAAAAAAGAAAAAAAAGCCUUGCCCAGACGACAUUAAACACGAACGUGUUUCACCCUAGCUUGGUCAUCUUCCACCGUGUACGCGCUUUUACGUCCUGGUUUGUGUUUUGUAAUUUAUUCUUUUUCUAUUCGUUUUGCAACCAGAUCAAUUUCUCAGGAAGGAAACAGUCAACUGUGUACGAAGUCUACCAGUUCCCACAUGGCGGCUAUUUAAAAAAAGAAUAAAUACUUCUGGCAUUCCACGGGAGAAGUCCAAAGAGCUCCUCUGUGCAUCAUUUCCCACCCCUCCAAAAUAAACUUCCUCAGAACAGAGGCGCUCGUGUCUGUGGCUUCACUUGAAGGUGCUUCAUUGUUUGGUUGUUGUGCUGACACAUUUUAACAGCCGCAUCAUGCUAGGUGAGCUUGCAGCGCCCACAUCCGUAGCUGACCGGUGGAUAGGUGGGCUACAUUUUAAGAUGUGUAGCAAAGCCUGAUUUUUAUGCACUAAAACACGAAUAAGAUACAGUCAAAGUAUGUUCCAUUCUGGAGCAAUUAUUAAAAAUGUAAUGAAAACAUAUUUAAUUAAAUUAAGUAUUUUACUUUUUUAAAAAUCAACAAAAGGUUUGAACAAAUAUUUGCGCAAUAUCCCAUAAUGCCACACCAUCAGGACCUGUGUAUGAAAGCUGCCUUGCUGCCAUCUUGUGGCCGCAAGAUCAUUUAAUUCCGGAGCAAAAAUGCAACUUUGUUCGCCUUAGCGGACCAGAAAGAACGCACUUUAGUGAUCCUGUAGUGUAGUGACAGUAAAGUCCAUUCCUUUUACUGACUCAAGCUUUUAUGAGUCGCUCACGAAAGUGAAUCAAAAAAAGUCAUAAUUGUGAGAUUAAAGUCAUAAUUAUGAGAUGAAAAAUCAAAUUUGAGAUAAAAAGUAAAAAUGAUGAGAUAAAAAAAAUCUAAAUUAUGAGGUAAAGUCAGAUGAAAAGUAAAAAUUACGAGAUGAAAAAUUGAAAUUAUGAGACAAAAAGACUUUUCAUCUCAUAAUUUCGACUUUUUAUCUCCGGUCGAGUGGAGUGUCACAGCGCGCGCUCGCACGGAGCCUCCCACAGACGUACUCUAUGUGCCGUACGCGCGAAGCAAACACCUCAUUGAGACGGUCUUGAACGACUCGCUCAAUACUCGAGCAUCUCUGGCACUGCACCACCUUAGAACCCGGUACCGGCGCCAGCAAAUGAUGAAUGUAAAUGUCCGUGUACAAAGCACACAGCAAAAAUAACCCCAAAUAAUGUUGGCCAUCGUAUUUAUUAAACAUAAAAACCACGAGUAUUUGAUGCAAAGUGAAUACUGUUGACGGUAAAACUGCCUGUCAUCCAUCAGCUGCUGCUGCACUACUACUAAAUAGAAAACACAGUACACAGUACAAGAAAGUAGUGUACAAAGUAUUUGCUCUUUGGUCCAAACAUUUGAAAUCCAGUAUCAAAACACUGCACAGCCUAAACAGUUCUAUCACUUCCUGUUGUACGGAAAGGACGCUCACGGAAAAGCUCCGUCCACUAUUACCGGAGUUUUAAACUUUUGCGACCUUGGUGAAUACAGUUCGUGAUCACAACUUGUGAUUACAACUCUGCAAGUGAGUGCUGAGACUUCUGCCUCAACUCGGACCCGCGAGUGGACUAAACUCACCAAAAGAGACAAUCAGGUGGAGCCGACAGCCGUUACAUGCAAGCUAUCAUGCUAGCCGCGGUUUGAAGCCUGAUUUCAAUAACAGGAUAACAUUUGGAGUUUUCCUGUGCAGCUUUUUCGGCCCACGAGGACUGGUGGGACUUUGGUGAGAUACUGGUGAGAGAUAAACUCGCCGUUAUAACGAAGAUUAUUCACCGAAGGCAUUGCACCACAAGUCAACGGCUAACUGACGGCGUUACCUAGCAACAGUAACAAUGUCAAAGGCUCGAGGGAGAAGAAGCGCAACAAGCGGUGGCUCUAGUAGUUCUGGUCGAAGUACUCCAGAUUCAGUCAUAUAUACGGAUGUUGAACAGAUUCCUGAGACAACUGGAGGUGCUCACCUAUUACCACAACCGCAGCCGAGACCUUACAAGGAUGACACAAUUAACCAGUUGACACACCUGAGUGGAAAUAUAGACAAAGCAACAGCGACAGCCUUGCAGAAGGUUAAACACCGCGCAAACAAGCAAGAAAGAAGUUCAAUGGAAAAGAGUGAGUAUACUAUGGCGAAAACCAUGGAGGAUUAUGGAAAACAGAUGCAGCAACUUGUGGAGAAUUCCAACUCCCUGCAUCAACUAAUUUACAGUUUGAUAGAGACUACCAACGCCAUACAAAGAGAAAUGCAAGGUCUGAGAGUGGAGAAUAAAAAAUUACAGGAAAGUUAUGAUGCACUGGGAGCCACUCUCAAAAAAGAAUGUGAAGAAAAGGAUAAAAUCAUUGAGAAGCUGAAAAACACCAUAGAUGAUAUGGAUCAGAACACACGAAUGAAUGACGUGGUCGUGACGGGACUUCGAAUUAAACUGCCAGAGCAGUGGCGAAUACUGAAGAACCAGACGAAAGGGAUGUCGCCUCAACAGAGCAACAAGUUGUUGAUUUUUUGCAAUCGAAGGAGGUGGAUGUAGACAUCCAAUCUAUUGAUACUUGCAUCCCACUGUAUGGGAGGAACCGCACUACACCCGUCAUCAUCGUCAAAUUCACCAACAGGAAAUACAAGGUUGCUCUGCUGAAACAGGGAAAGAAGCUGAAAGGAACAAAUGUCUACAUGAAUGACCACCUGACCAAGCGCAACGCUGAGAUUGCGAAGAAAGCACGUGAUCUGAGGAAGCAAGGAAAGAUCCAAGGAACAUGGAGUGCAAACUGCAAAAUCUUUAUCAAAGCAAAUGGAGGACCAGAGGCCAGAGUUCUUGCUGUCAAAGACAUCAAGGACCUAGAAAGAUAUUGAGGUCUCCCAACAUGGAGGAAAACAGCUUUAAUAUGCUACAAGAAGAUCUACAAUUGGACACUUUUCACUUUACAGAUCACAAACAAUUGGAUAUGGAAAAAGACAUUGAUCCAGACUCAAAUUUUUUCUCUCACAUUACAAACGACUGCCGUUAUUAUACGGAGGAGCAAUACAACAACAGUUUUAUCAACGACGACAAGUUAUCCAUCAUACACAUAAACAGCAGAAGCUUGAACGCAAACUUUACUAAUAUUAAACAAUAUUUGAAUCAAUUCAAAGAACCUUUCAAAGUUACAGCAAUCUCAGAAACUUGGAUUAAUGCUAACAAAGGAAUGGACUUCGAGCUGGAAGGAUAUGAAAUGAUGUGUGCAAACAGGAACAAUGCAAAUGGAGGAGGUGUGGCCUUAUACGUGGACAAACAUUUGAACUACAAAAUGGUAAAGAAUAUGUCAUUUGUCAUUGAUAACAUUUUAGAAUGUAUAACAAUUGAAAUCUGUAAAGAAAAAAGCAAAAAUGUGUUAAUAAGUUGUGUGUACAGAACUCCAAAGUCAAAGAUUGGAAUGUUUGAGGAUUGGAUUAAGACAACGUUUACAGACAUAGGUCAGAAAACUAUUUUCAUAUGUGGAGACUUCAAUAUUGACCUCUUGAACUCACACAAGUGCAAGGAAAUAGAUGACUUUAUAGAUACAAUGUAUAGCUUGAGUUUAUAUCCUAAAAUCAUCAGACCAAGUAGAAUAACUGACCACUGUGCCACCCUUAUCCAUAAUAUAUUCACCAAUGACUUGGAUAACAACACCAUCAGUGGCCUGCUAAUUAGUGACAUCAGUGAUCAUCUUCCAGUGUUUACAAUCUACAAUGAACAUUAUAAGAAAAAACAGGCGGAGGCAAAAAAGACUUUUCAAAGAUUGCGUACAGAGGAUAACAUCCGUGCCUUCAAGAUAGGUCUAGAAGAACAAAGUUGGGAGAGUGUCUACAGUGCAACAGAUGUGGACGAGGCAUAUGACAGCUUCCUUGGUACUUAUAUGGAGCUCUACGAUAAGAACUGUCCCUGGCAAGAAAAGCCCAAGAAGCAAAAGAAAAACCAGCAGCCAUGGAUGACAAAAGGACUAAAAAACGCCUGUAAGAAGAAGAACACAUUAUACAGGACAUUUAUCAUUCAACAGACUAAAGAAGCAGAACAAAAGUAUAAGACUUACAAAAACAAGUUGACAACUAUCUUGAGAGUGUGUAAGAGGGAAUAUUAUAGUCACGUACUAAAUAAGAACAAAAAUAACAUGAGAGCAACUUGGGGCAUCUUAAAUAGUAUUAUAAAAAACAACGUUAAGAAAGCAGACUAUCCUCCCUAUUUCAUGGUUGGAAACACUUACAGGAAUGACAUGAAUGCGGUAGCUGAAAUGUUUAAUGAAUAUUUUGUAAAUAUUGGACAAAAACUGGAAGAGGAAAUUCCAAAACAAGACACAAUUGAUGAAGGGAUUGAUAUUAUUGAUAGGAAUCUUAAUUCUAUGUUUCUCACUGCUGUAACCAAAAAGGAGAUCACUGACAUUGUUAACCAUUUUAAGGCAAAAACAUCAACUGAUUGUCAUGGAAUGGAAAUGGAAACAAUUAAAAGGGUCAUCAAUGAGAUCGCAGACCCGUUAACAUAUAUUAGUAACUUAUCAUUUCAGACUGGAAUAUUUCCAAGCAAAAUGAAAACAGCCAAGGUGGUUCCAAUUUUCAAAAAAGGAGACAAACACCAAUUUACAAAUUAUCGACCAGUUUCCUUGUUACCACAAUUCUCGAAAAUUGUGGAGAAGCUAUUUAAUAAUAGGUUGGACAAAUUUAUUAAUAAGAAUGAAUUAUUGGCAAGUAGUCAAUAUGGUUACAGAGCCAACAUUUCAACUUCUAUGGCACUGAUGGAAAUCACGGAGGAAAUCACUACUGCUAUAGACAACAGAAGAUGCGCAGCUGCAGUAUUCAUGGAUCUGACAAAAGCUUUCGAUACAAUUAAUCACACUAUUUUAAUUUCAAAAUUAGAAAGGUACGGAAUUAGAGGUUUAGUCUUAAAUUGGGUUAAAAGCUACCUAGCAAAGAGGAAACAAUUUGUAAAGCUAGGAGAAUAUACAUCUGGGAGUCUACACAAUACGUGUGGAGUACCACAGGGGUCCAUACUGGGACCAAAACUGUUUAACUUGUACAUUAACGACAUUUGCAAAGUAACUAACAACUUAAAAUUGGUCUUAUUCGCCGAUGAUACCACUGCUUUCUGUUCUGGUGAAAGCACACAAGAACUCAUUAAAAAGGUCAAGGAUGAAAUGGUCAUAUUAAAGUCAUGGUUUGACAAGAACAGAUUAUCUCUGAAUUUAAGUAAAACUAAAAUAAUGUUAUUUGGUAAUAGUAGAAAGGACACGUACGACCAAAUACAAAUUAAUGGAACGGAUAUUGAAAAAGUGGAAGAAUAUAAAUUCCUUGGGGUUAUAAUAGAUGAAAAAAUGAGUUGGAAAUCUUAUAUUAAAUA